ACCGGCGUCGCCCGCGCAAUGGCGAUGCUGUUGCCCAACCCCACGGGAGCUGGAAGGCGGCCAAGGCUCCACCGCUCGCCUGGCUUGGCCGGACUCUGCCCCGUCCCUCCCCUUGGCUCUCGGCUGCCCGUGGGGACAGGGACAAGGACGAACAUGGCUGCUCCAAGCCACCAGGCCACCUACGAUGCCAUCGUCAUCGGGGCUGGAAUCCAGGGCUCCUUCACCGCUUACCACCUGGCCCGGCGGCACAGGGACACCCUCCUGCUGGAGCAGUUCAUCCUGCCCCACUCGCGGGGCAGCUCGCACGGGCAGAGCCGCAUCACCCGCAGCGCUUACGCCCAGGCAACCUACGCCCGCAUGAUGCCCGACAGCUUCCACCUCUGGCAGCAGCUGGAGGCCGAGGCCGGCACCAGCCUCUACAGGCAGACUGGGCUCAUGAUGCUGGGGCCGGCGGACAAUCCGGAGCUGGAGGGCUGCCGGUGCAGCGUGAGUACCAACCAGAUCCUCGACGCCGCUGCGCUGACCCAGCGCUUCCCCGGCCUCCGUCUCCACGCCGGCGAGGUGGCCGUGUGGGAUGGCACCGGUGGGGUGCUCCUCGCAGACCGGGCGCUGCGGGCAGUGCAGGAUGUCUUUCGCCGGCACGGGGGCACCCUGCGGGAUGGCGAGAAGGUGCUGCGCAUUGAACCCGGGGCUGUGCUCACCGUCACCACCACCGCUGGGGUGUACCGAGCCCCCCGGCUCAUCAUCACGGCCGGAGCCUGGACUGGUGCCCUCUUGGCACCUCUGGGACUCCAUCUGCCGCUGCAGCCCCUGCGCAUCGAUGUCUGCUACUGGAGAGAGAAGGAGCCGGGGAGCCUCGGAGCGGGCAGACUCGGUCCCUGCUUCAUAGCCGUGGGGCUGAGCCAAUACCCCCACGAUAUCUACGGGCUGCCCUCCCUCGAGUACCCAGGGCUGGUCAAGGUGUGCUACCACCACGGCAGCUCCACUGACCCUGAGGAGCGGGAUCGGGUCCCCCCAGGCACCCCACGCCCCGACAUCGCCCUCCUGAGCAGCUUCAUCAGUCGCUACCUGCCUGGGCUGGAGCCCUCGCCGGCCGUGGUGGAGACCUGCCUCUACACGAACACCCCGGAUGAAGACUUCAUCCUGGACCGGCACCCCAAGUUCAGCAACAUCAUCAUCGGGGCUGGCUUCUCAGGUAGGCAAUGGCGUGGGGCCCCCACCAGCCCCCAGAGCCGGCCGGAGCCCUGGGGGUGGCUGUGCCCUCCAGCCCCUCUCCUCUCUGCAGGCCAUGGGUUCAAGCUGGCACCGGUGGUGGGGAAGCUGCUGUGCGAACUGAGCCUGGACGAGGAGCCAUCCCACAGCACGGCCCCCUUCGCCAUCACCCGCUUCCCCGGGGUGCUCCGGGCUGCGCUGUAGGUGCAAGGCACCGGCUGUGCCUGCACAGCAUCGCAUGGCCUGUAACUGCAUCCUGAUGUCCUUACCAUCCCUGCGUGCUGGCAUCCCCACAUCCCCCUCAUUCCAAUGUAUCUCCACCUCCCUGCAUCCUUGUGUCCCAAUACACUGUACCCCAGCACUCCUCCACCUCCAGACCUCAACUCUCCUUCAUCUCCACACCUCAAUUAUCCUUCAUUCCCACAUCCCCAUAAUCCACCAUCACAGCAUCCAGCAGCCCUCCAUCUCUGCAGCCCAGGAUCCCCACAUCCUUGGUAUCCCCAUACCCCUGCACCCCUACCACCUGCAUCCCAGCAAUCCUUCAUCCUCACAUCCCCCAUCGCAGCACCCCCGUAACCCUGCAUCCCCACAUCCCAGCAUCCUGGUACCCAACAUCCCUACAUUGCAGCACCCUCAAACCCCUGCAUCCCUACAUCCCAGCAUCCUGGUAUCCAACAUCCCUACAUCGCAGCACCCCCGUAACCCUGCAUCCCCACAUCCCAGCAUCCUGGUACCCGACAUCCCUACAUCGCAGCACCCUCAAACCCCUGCAUCCCUACAUCCCCGCAUCCUGGUACCCUGCCUCCUCCCAUCCCAGUAUCCCUGUAUCCCGGCACCCCCCAUGCUGCGCAGUGCCAAGCCAUCUCUGCCAAGCACCCGCUCCCAGGAAACAAAUUAAGGAGCUUUGUCAGCCUCAUGAAGAUGGAGCUGGAACAGUGUGGAGAGACACACUUGCUUAGGAGUCAAGUUAAAUGUUUUAAUGUUAAAUGUGCCAUUUUAUUAUCAUUAGAUCGCUCCCACUUAAUGAAAGCGCAUUAGCGCAGCGUGGCUUUAUGGCAGUGAAUGCCGACUUGGCCCAUUUAUUUCCAAGAGAUGGUGGAGAAAGAGAUCAAAGCACUGGCUUUGCACAGGUCCCCGGGGUACGGGGAGUCCUGGGGGGUCCCUGGGGCUGAGGGAGGGAGGGAGGGGGCAGCACCCGGCACGGGCUGGCGGAUGCCGGAGCUGAGGCCAAGCCGCACGCGCGGCCAGUGAUGCGCAUCAUCAUCUCCUCUGUGUUAAAUAAUUAACGCCAGCAGGCAGAGGGCUCCCAUCCCCGCAGCUCAUUUGCAUAUUUAUGAAGAUUGAUAAAUGAUUCAGUGCUGGCACCCACAAGGGCUGUCUCCCCUCUCCCUUCCCCAGCACCCGUG